GGAAACACCUUAGAUCAUUUUAGGCUCCGGUUACUACAUGACGUUCUAAUGCGUUUUUAUUGGGUUCACUAUUUUGUACCGUUUUCUUUUUGCCCAGGCCGAGAGAAAACGGUACAAAAUAGAAAGCUCGAUAAAACGCCAAACGUCUGCUUGGAGAGCAGCCAACACGCGCCUAUCCGACACUCGUGUCAUGUUGCGAACCGCUCAGACGGCCACGCUGUCACCACGUGAACACCUAUGACGUUGUCCAAUCACAAGCCUACGCUAAACGUCCAACCAAUCACCGUUAAGGAUGCUGGCAUAGUUAUGCAAAUUAGCCGGUGGGGUAUAUAAACCGCCGUCGCUUCAUGAUCGUCCUACUUUGUUUGCAAACCUUCCGAGGUGGACUUCACGUGCUUCUCUCUAGACGCAACAACUCAAUCCCUAACUAAUCAUGAAUCGUGAUCAAGUGAUUAACUUUGCUCCAGGGCCAGCCAAGCUUCCUCAGGAGGUAUUGGAACAGGCCCAGAAGGAUAUGCUGAGCUACAACAACCUGGGGAUAUCCGUCAUGGAAAUGAGCCAUCGGUCCUCAGAUUUCAGCAAGAUCAUCAACAACGCAGAGAAUCUGCUGAGAGAGCUACUCCAAAUCCCAGAUAACUACAAGGUGCUGUAUCUACAAGGUGGCGGAACCGGACAGUUCAGCGCUGUCCCACUCAACUUUCUGAACUUGAAGGAAGGUCACACAGCUGACUACAUUGUCACCGGCGCCUGGUCAGCCAAGGCUGCCAAGGAGGCGGAAAAAUAUGGCAAGGUGAAUGUUGUCUAUCCCAAGCUGGACAAGUACACAACCAUCCCUGACCCCAGCACCUGGAACCUGAACCCUGAGGCCUCCUACGUGUACUACUGUGCCAACGAGACCAUCCAUGGUGUGGAGUUCCAGUUCGUACCCGAGACAAAUGGUGUUCCCAUAGUCGCAGACAUGUCCUCCAACAUCCUGACCAGACCUGUGGAUAUCUCCAAGUUUGGACUGAUCUAUGCCGGAGCCCAGAAGAACAUCGGCUGUGCUGGCGUCACGCUGGUUAUUGUUCGGGAGGACCUGAUUGGUCGUGCCAUGAAGGAAUGUCCGUCUGUGCUGGAUUACAAGAACCAAGUUGGCAUGAACUCCAUGUUCAACACCCCUCCAACAUGGAGUAUCUACAUCAUGGGCCUGGUGUUCCAGUGGUUGAAGAACUUGGGCGGGGCCGCAGCUAUGGAGGAACUCAAUCGGAAAAAGUCUGAGUCUCUCUACAGCACCAUCGACUCCCUACCCGAGUUUUACUUCUGUCCCGUAGACAAACCCGCCCGCAGCAGGAUGAACGUGCCCUUCAGAAUCGGCAGUCCCUCGGGAGACGAGACACUGGAGAAGAGAUUUCUGGAGGAGGCGCAGAAACGUGGAUUCGUCUCCUUGAAAGGCCACAGAUCGGUGGGAGGACUGCGUGCAUCCCUGUACAACGCUGUCACAACUCAGGAUGUGGACAAGCUGGUCUCAUUUAUGAAAGAAUUCCACCAGACGAAUCAAUAAUCGGGAAGAGGUCACAAAGAAACAGCCCCAAAGAAACAGCUACAUUGUUCUAAUACCAUGAUAAAACUUUGUUUCUCCUGUACAUUGGUGAAGCCAGAAAUAUGUCAUUGUUACCAACAACAACCAAAAUGUACCUGUGUUUCUAGCUGUAAAACUAUCAUAUUUAUAAAAUCCUGUUAUAUAAACUAUAUUUUUGCUUCCUGGUUUGUAUUGCCAACCCUAGAAAGAAGACAGAUCUUUUGCAUAUGUGUUGGGAUCUGAAUGAUGUAAAGACAGAUCUGUAUUGAACUCUGAUUUGGUGGUUUUCAAGAAAUGUAGAAGAUGAGACGUGUAUGUUGAAAAGAGAAGGAAAAAAGGAGAAUGUCUUGAGGUCUGAUAUUAUAUGUUGUAAAUAAAUACUUUGUAAACUAGUACUUUCUUUGCUUGCAACUGUUUUUUUUUAAAACCUAAAUUCAGGCUGAGGAGAGGAGUAGUAAGAAAUAGAUGUAAAGUUUAAAGAAAGAGAAACAGAAUGUUUCACACCACUCCAUGUGUGUGUGAGUGAAAUAUGAACAUCUUGAUUUGACAAAUGGUAUUGUUUCAGUCCGUAAUGUGGCCAAAUCAGACCUUGGUUUGAACUGCUAACAGAAAAUUGCCCAACAAAUUUGUCUAGAUUCCUGAUUGUGACAAUUUUGUGGGUCUUUCUUCUCACCUUCUUGGAGCUGAAAACUUAGACCAGGAGCUGAAUACAAACAAUGCUGAUAUUGUUGAAUGUUGCAGUGUGGAAAGGUUGAAACUCUUUGAAAAGAAUACUGAACUUUAUUUUUCUGGUGUCAUGUGAAGGCAGAGAGACUUGUACUUAUUCUACUUGUACUUAUUUUACUUGUACUUAUUCUACUUGUACUUAUUCUACUCUGAUAUUUGUCUUUAUUACCUUGUGAAGAAAAAGAUACUGCCAAAACUGUAUAUACAUGCAAAGGAUUGUAUCUAAAUGUGAAUACAGUGUACCUUACUAAUACUUAGCUCUGCAGAAAAUAUGUUGACUACAACUAGAAAGGCAACAUUUUUCGCAAAUACGUAGAAAGUUUUCCCUGUAGCCUUUUAUCAAGCUACUCGCACACAAUAUACCGUUAGGCUUGCCUUCUAGUAUUAUGUGGAAGUCCAAAAAGAAAAAGUCAUAUUCAUAUUAGAACAGCACAGCUAAUAUACAAUUCUAUAUUUAGCUUUGACUGGUUCCUGACAAAAGAAGAAGAAAUAAAAAGAACACACCAACAAAAACAAUGUGUUCUUCCUAUGUAAAAUACACUACCUGGAAGCAUGCAGAAAAUGAAAGUCUAUCCAUUGACAAAAAGAAUAGUUUUUUUGCAUAUCCAGACCUUUCUGUCCAUGCCCAGGUUUUAUUGUGCCAAGGGGUCUUCUCAAUAAUGUAAUAAGUGAAUGUUUUUGCCAGAUAGAAAUCAUGAUUUCUUCAGGCAGGUUUCUGCCAUAGGACAGUGGUCACCUAGAACUUCGGCCAUGUUGAUGGGUUAUUUUACAGAGGUUACAUGUAUUGUGGGUGGAGCCUACAGUUCGGGAUCUGUAUAGUAUGUGGGUUAGUUUGUAGUGUACAGAUCGUGGUCAACCAGAUAUGUACUAAUGUCAUUGUGGACAGUUGGAAAUAAAUAAAACUGGUGACAACUCU